AACAACCUCAACAUCAGACCACCACCGUCGACGGGAUAGGAGCGGACAGGAUAAGACGGGAUAGCAGAGACUGAGAGACAACAACGACGACUCUGUUGAGAGAGGAUUUGAGCAUCCUUGCAAGCUACCGCGUUACCCAUACCCUGCUACAGACAGGCACGUUUAAAACCACAGCUCCAGCCUACAUUUCUGUCUAUCUUAUCUAUCCCGAAUUGAAAGAUGGAGCUACUUGUCUAAUUUAUUAUUGGGUAGCUUUGCAGCUAUGCAUGCUGUGACUCUCCUGAUAUAAUUAUACUAUUAUAUGGAUCCUUGAAAACCCUCGAAGAGAGAGGAAUGAGCCUCCCGCAGUGCAGUUGCUAAAUAGUACAGUACAUAAAGGCCAAAGCGAGGGAUGUUGCCGGUGCAUAUUUAAUCUAGAUUCGGAUCACAAUAUUGUCUUGUGUGUUUGGCCAACGCUACCACUGGACAAGAACAAUAUCUAUAUCUUACGCCCAAUGAUCUUGGGUGUCGUUCUGCGUUGAAGGUCAGACUGGACGUCAUCCGUGGUGCUUUGUUUGGGGGGAUUGUUGAUUUCCCAGAAAAAUACAAUCCAUACAACGAAGUGAGCGUAAACGUAACCUAGGCGUAUCGACGGGGACGAAGGACAUCGCAUACGCUCUCUUCAGUUAUAACCUCGCGAAGAUCCGGGUUUCUUUCCCCAUCCUAUAACAUGCCACCCUCCAAUGAUUCCCGGCAUGCUAGAAUCGUCGAUAAGCGAGAUUUCGACAUCAGUCGACCCUUGCUCCUUCGCGACACUGAGGACGAAGAUGACGGUGAUGAUGCUUGUAAUGUCGGCCAUGGGACAAAUAGAAGUGGGCAGUGUGGCUAUGGUCGCAGCAGCAAUGGCCAUCCCGGUGACGACGACGAUGAAGCUGGCUCUGACAAUAUAGAGCGGGAUAGGAAGGCGUUGAAUCGGCAGGUGGUUAGGAUCCUGAGCUUUAUAUGGGGUGUUGGGAGUGCCCUCUGCGCCGGAAGCAUAACCGCAUUCUCCCUCUACGCACCCCUCCUCCAAACCCGCCUCCAUUACUCCCAGUUCCGCAUCAACGCUGUGGCAGCCGCCGCGGCAGUUUCCAUGUACCUCCCUGUGGCAUUUUUCGGCUAUCUCUGCGAUAGAUACAGCCCCGGCCCUAUAUCAUUCAUCUCCGCUUGUCUUUUCGGCCCUGGUUACCUCUUCGCGGCAUUCACGUACAAAUCCGGACCACCUGUUGACGCUGGCGGCACGGGCUGGCCGUUCGCGGUUAUGCUUAUGUCAUUCGUUGGCGUGGGUGCUGGCACAUGCUGCAUGUAUCUCGCUGCCGUCACGACGUGUGCGAAGAACUUCGGGCGUGGGAAACGUAAAGGCAUUAUGCUUGCCCUGCCCAUUGCAGCUUUUGGACUUAGCGGUAUGUGGCAGAGUCAGGUGGGGAGUCGUUUGCUGUAUGAGCGUGGGCCGGACGGACAGAAAGGGGAUGUUGAUGUUUUCAGAUACUUCCUUUUCCUGGGGAUAUUGUUGAGUGUCGUCGGGGUUGGCGGGACCUUUGCGUUGCGCAUCGUGGGUGAGGAAGAGAUGAUCGAUGAGGCGGUAGAGGAGUUAGAGAGGAGCGGGAUAAUUGGUGAAAGUGACUUUUUCCGCUCGAGGGAGGAGGUUCGGGCUGCAAUAUCUUCAUCGUCAAUGUCGUAUGGGACUAUGGACGGCACUACGGCUGAGACUGGGGUUGAUACGCCACUCGAGGAUGAUUCUCAAUCCCUCACUCUUUCGCGGGAGGAAUGGCAGGAUCACCAGAAGGAGGAGCGGAGGAAGAAGAACUGGCUCCUUAACCAGGAGACGAGGUUGUUCUUGAAAGAUAGAACGAUGUGGUGGCUUGCGGUGGGGUUCCUUCUGAUCACUGGCCCUGGAGAGGCAUAUAUAAAUAAUGUCGGCACCAUAAUCCCAACCCUCACCCCUCCCUCAUUCCCUCCCCACCUCUCACCUCCCGCUGGCGGGGCAGCUACCCACGUCACAUCCAUCGCCCUAACCUCCACCCUCGCCCGACUCCUAGCCGGCUACUUAUCCGACAUCUUCGCUCCAUCCCCCGCACGACCCCACCUCCAACCUAGCUCACGCUCCAUUAGCUUCAAUGAUCAACACGUCCCAAACCCCUUCGCCCGCCGAAACUUCUCCCGCCUAACCUUCCUCCUCCCCUCCGCCCUCCUCCUCUCGCUCGGCUUCCUCUGCCUCGCCACGCCUCUCUCCUUCUCUACCCCGCAAACCCUCCACCUAACCACCGCCCUCGUCGGCCUCGGCUACGGCGCCUCCUUCGCGCUUGUCCCCAUCAUCAUCUCCGUCGUAUGGGGCGUGGAGAACUUCGGCACUAAUUGGGGCGUUGUUGCUAUGUUUCCGGCGGCGGGGGCGGCGGCUUGGGGCGCGAUUUAUUCUGCGGGAUAUGAGGCGGCAAGGAGGGCGGGGAAUAGCGAUGGGUUUCAGCAGUGUGCUGGCUGGCGUUGUUAUGGGUUCUGGGCGCUCGGGUGCACUGCUAGUGUUUGGGUGGCGAUUGGGUUGUGGACGGUUGCGUGGAGGGGGUGGAGGCGGAGGGGGGUUGUGGUUUGAUUGGGAGUGGGCAGGGUUUGGAAGUAAGAGUAAGUAGGGAGUAGCUAUGACCGUGCUCUUGGAUAUUUCUCUUUUCCUCUGUAGCAUCUCCCCAUUUUGUUGUAUAGAGGGGUUAGAUAUUUUUUACUUAUUUUGGUUGGUGGAUAAUAGAUAGAUUUGGCUUGGUGGCUGGCUAGAGGAAUUCAGGUCAUUGUGCUCUGCUCUGCUCUCUGUAGAUGAGAUUGAUAGAUGGCUUAACAUUUUCAGGAAUAGGCAAUUAAUUACUUUGGUAUCUCUGCAUGUUACCUGUCUAGUCACAAGUGUCAAUCUCACGAUGCUUACACACCUGUGCACGCUGCGUUUGAAUCGGGAUAAAACGUACUCUACGGAGUACACUUGGUAUAUAUAGCUAGAGGUAUCCAGUACUUAAACCCGUCAGAACCAGGUUCGCUGUUAUCGAUGCUAAAGCAAUGCAUCUAACCUUUCAUAUUGAGAUAUGUCAUAGGCGUUUGAGAAAGAAAGAAGAUACCAUUUCCCCAAGAAAUGAGUAGAAUACAAAAAGGGUAUAUAUAUAGUUGUUCCA